CUAUCCAUGAUCUCACUAUUUUCGCUAGUAUAUGAAUCUGCUGCCUCUGUAGCUAAGCCUGGUUGUCCUGAGAAAUGUGGUAAUCUGACAGUUCCUUAUCCAUUUGGCAUAGGAAAAAACUUUUUCCUUAAAGAAUUCUUUGAGCUUAGAUGUAACACUUCAUUUUAUAAUGUUAUUUUUACAUGGUUUUGUUUGGAGGUGUACGAGAUUUCACAUGGAUAUAUUAGAGUCCAAGGAUCUGCAGUUGCCCUUUUCUACAUUCUACAAUAGAUAAUCUAGCGGAAGUUUACACCAAACCACCCUUGUAGGGAUAGAUGUAGGUGACUAUUUUAGCUUUUCGCAAACCAAAAAUAAGUUCAUAUCCAUAGGAUGUGAUAUCUAUGCUUAUUAACUCAUUUAGGCACAAAUGAGGUCAUCAGCCGAUGUCCAUCUCUGUGCUCGAGUUCACGAAUUGGUCGAACAAAUUCUUCUGCUUCAUCUUGCUCUGGAAAUGGAUGCUGCCAGACCACAAUAACAAUAGAUUUCGUUGAUGUCUCACAUAUGGUGCUUACCAUGAAUACUGCAGAAAGAUCUUGGGCAUCUGAUAACUGUAGCAUCUCCAUGGUUGUAGAAAAGGAUUUCAAUGACUUUGCUAGGUUUAGCGUUUCCAGGUGCGAUGACGAUGACUAUGACGAUUAUGCUGUUUCAGUUGUCCUUGCCUGGGGAAUUGGAAAUAUCAGCUGCCAUGAAGCUGUGAAAAGGAGAGAUUAUACAUGCGGCCGCAAUAGCAAGUGUAUCAAUUCAACCAGUGCGUUUGGAUAUCUAAGUACUUGCUUGCCUGUUUACCAAGGAAAUCCUUAUCUGCCUAUUGGAUGCAAAGGAAAAGAGUCCAAGUAACAGAGCUUACCCUAGGGACAUUUUUGAAAAAAAAAACUUUUUUCCUUUUUCGUUGGCAACUGCUGAACCGAGGACAAGGGGGAGAGCACGGGGGGGCCGCCGCAUAGAAGAAAAGGAGCAAUUCUUAGAUAGCAAUCAGAUAAGCAUUAGAGUAGGACUUAGAUAGAAAUUGGAAAUAGCAGAGAAUGAGCACCACUUGGAAGGAUGGCUUUUGUUGACUUUUCCUUUGUUAGCUUAUGGGGUAGCUUCAGCUGGCGUAUGUCAAGAGCACUUGAAGACUUGAAGCAUGCUCUGUAGUCUUUUCUUUUGACUCUUGUUUUCCGUCCUUUUGUGGUUUUCCUCCCUCGCAUGUUAGACUCGCAUGUUAGAGACAAUUAAAA